AUAUUCUGCAGUCAUGUCAAAUUUGACCCAUCCAAGCAUUCUAAGAACAAUCUACAUCGAUGGUCAUUUUUACUCUUCUGAUGACUUUUUGAUUCAUCUCGUCGUGUUUGCACUGCGGUUACGUAACCUUGGUUUGUCAGACCAUGGCCUUGUGAUGCAUUUAAGCGAGGUUUUGGCAGGAAGCAUUUAUGUCAUCGAAGGUGGUCACUCAACCAUUUACGAAGAACUCAAUGUAUAUAUGACCGCUGUUCGGUAUACUUUUGAAGUGUCACCUUUCGGAGAAUAUACCCGUCGUAACUUGAUGAAAUCUCAAGAAGUUGCCACCAUAGAACCAUUCAAGGCCAAGCAAAGUUCAAAUCCAUACUACAUCCCUUGGGCUAUGCGUGGUAUCUGCAGUGACCCAUCCAUUCUUGCUCACGACGAGCUAAAGACAGAGUUGAACAGCCUAUUUCGCUUGUUUGAGAUGUGGAAUCCAACGAGUAGCAAGCUUAAAGAACUCAAAUUCAAGUUGGAUCCUCUCAAAAGCUUUACAUUAUAAUAAAUUGCAUAUACAUCUUUUUUUAUUUCCUGCCUGAGCUCAAGUCUGCAUAAGCAGACAUGAUGCAGUUUUUGAUUUCUUUGUAGCUUACUAUUAAACAUGACUUUUCAUCUCUAGACAUCAGCAUGAUCUUUUCAUCAAUGCCUGCAUCCAACUUUUUCAAACAUGUCAACACAUGAACCAUGUCAAUGACAGGUUGACCAUGUUCAUCUACUUGAUGAAACACGUAAUCUCUAAAUAGCUUGAUUAAAUAUCGAUCGCCUGUCUCUGACCAACUUGGGUCCAUAUCAAAC